AUGAGCGCCAUGACGGAGGCCGGGCGGUCGCGGCGCUCCGGUUACGGCCCCGCUGCCCUUCCGAGGCUGUUUCCGGUUCUCCUUUCCGGUCCGGGGUCCCGGUUCCGGUUCCGGUUGGCGCGCGGCCCCCGCGCCGCUCCCGAGCGCUCACGCGGGCGCCGCCGCCGCCGGAACCGGAAGCGCUCCCGGCAUCCCCCGCGCUCCCCCCGCCGGCGGGAACCGCGCUUCCCGGCGUGCACCGCGCGCCGCCGCCCGCCUCCGGCUGUUGCCAUGGUGACCGCGUUCCCGCCAUGCACCGCGGCGGCCCCGGGGACUACAGCUCCCGGCGUGCCCCGCGGCGGAGCCGAGAUCCCGGGUUCCAGGAUGGGCAGUGCCAUGGGGCACUGGGCCCUGCUAGCCCUGCUGCUGUGGAUCCCAUUCCUCAUGGGAUCAGCAGGGGAUGGAGCCAAGGAUGGCCAGGAGGGAUUCCGGGGACACGUCACCACCUCUGAUGACCUGCUGCUCCGGCUGGGAAGAUCCACUUGGGACACCCUGGAGAACUGGGUGGGACGCCAGCCCCUGCAGAUGGUGGCGGAGAGCCUCUCUACCACCCUCUGGAUCGUUUCCUCUGGGAUCUCAGCAGCCCUGACCACGCUCUGUGGGAUCCUGGGGGAUCUCCUGGCCGCUUCCAGCAUCAGCGGCCACCGGCUGGUCCGAGCGGCAGCGCUGGCUCCCGGAGAAGUCCAGAGGGUGCUCCUGUGGGCAGUGGCCGCCCUGGCAGGAUCCUGGGUGCUAGCCCGGCUUCGAGGGCUGCUGCUCCCACUGCUCCGUGGCUUGAAGCUUUUCUUUUUCCUCGGAGCCUUCCUGCAUGUGGCCGCUUCCCAGGAGAGCCCCACGGUGCAGGCGGGAAUGCUGCUGGGCCUGUGGGUGCUCUACACCUUCCUGGGCAGCCUGGUGGCAUCCCCGGAUCCCAGCGCCAGGCUGGAUGCGGCCGUCAAGAGCCUGGAGUGGAAGGUGGAGGAGCUGCGGCGGCGCCAGAAGUUUGGGGGGCCCCGGAACCGGGAGGAUUGAGCCCCCCUAAAGCUUCCCCAGAGCUUGGCUCCGUCAUCCCAAGCAUCCCAAGCAUGUGUCCCCCCGCUCCACUGAGCCCCCUGUACCCCCUCCUCUGCUUCCCAGUUCUCCCAGGGGUCCUGGGAGCCUCCCAUCCAUCUGGGAGCACCCCAGAAUCAGGGGCCGUGCCUUGCCACAUGUGCCACAAGUGCCUUCAACCCAAAAGCCACCCACACACCACAAAUGUGGGAGAGGAGCUCCCACAUUCCCUGCUCCCUGGGGAUGUUGUCCCAGCCCAGCCGGCUUGGGGUGCAGAGGGGAUCCCAUUCCCCAUCCCGGGGGCUCUGCUUGUUUUGGGGUCCCCGCACUGUCAGGUUUUGGGUUUUAAGCUGCUUUUUAAACGGUUUUGAUAAUGUGGUUUGGAAUAAAGACUGAUUUAUCUGG